AUGCAGCCUUUCCGAUACGAUGCUCUGGAUGGACCGAACAGCUUUCGACUACUAUGCUUGCUCCCAGAACGAGGACCACGAAUUCACUGCGAGCUCAUAGACAGUACUUUAUCACACCCUGGACCCUAUGAAGCUUUAUCCUACACCUGGGGUUGCGACGAGAAAGUCGAGCCCAUUACGCUUAACAACAAAACGCUCUGGAUCACGGACAAUCUGCACACCGCCCUGCAGCAUCUGCUUCUUCCCGAUCGAGCACGGGUACUCUGGAUAGACGGCAUUUGUAUCGACCAGAGCAACGAUGCCGAGAAAUCAGAACAGGUGCGACAUAUGGCUUCGAUUUACAGCCAAGCCGAUCAGGUUGUCUUCUGGCUGGGGAAAGCGACAGCCGAAGUGCGGACCCUCAUG